AUGCCACGAGACGCGGUCGCCGACCGCGCAAUGUACCACCGAAUCCAAACCCUCUUCCACAACCUCCUCACCAUAAAAUCCUCUCUAAACGCGCGCCUCCACCUCCACAACCUCAUUCAAAACUCCAGCUUCUACUGCUUAACCUGCUCCCCUUCCCCCUCCUCUACAUCCAACAUACCUGGUACCUGCGGUCCCUCCUGCGCCCUCCUGCGCCCCCCUUCCUCCACCGGCUUCAUCGCCUCCUCCAGCAGCACCGCCGCGUCCAACCUCGACGCCAUACAGUCCGACUUUGAAACCUACUACGACAUCCUGAAGCAGAUUUAUCGCAGGGGCAGGGAUGUGACGGAUGCAGAGGCGGCGGGUUGGGAGCGCCAGGUGGAGGAGAUGAGGGCGUGGUCCGAGACGCCAACGGAGCGGUGGGAGAGGGAGGGGUGGGAGGUUUGGAGGCGGAGGGAGAGGUGGGUUAGGGGGUUUUUUGGGAGGGAGUGGGAGGGGGGUGGUAGGAAGGGGGAUGGCGGAGUAGAGGUGGGGGGGUGUUAG